AUGUUUCAUAUUUCAUGUUUGAAGCUUAGAAUCUUAAACUACAAUGUCUGUGACGAAUUCUGUGCGCUUUUGCAUAAGGAUACCACUAUCACUAUGAACAUGAUCAUGAAGUCAAACACGAGGUUGUACCGAGGUUCCCACAAAACUGCAAAGCAUUACCGCAAGUUUCGAUGUGAAAGCUCAGCUAAAGGUUCCCUUUUGACUGGAACUAUGGAGGAAUUACAGCAUGAAUCAUGGAAACCAUUGAAAGGGAUUGUCUUGAGCUCUGCAAAUUAUGUUCCUUUAACACCUAUUAGUUUCUUGGAUCGAGCAGCUCUAGUUUAUAGCAAAAGGAUCUCCAUCAUUUAUGGAUCCAUCAAGUAUACAUGGGAAGAAACACAUCGUAGGUGUAUGAAGCUUGCAUCUGCUCUAAACCAUUUCGGGGUUUCUCGUGGAGAUGUUGUAGCGACACUAGCACCAAAUGUCCCUGCAAUGCUAGAACUUCAUUUUGCUAUUCCCAUGGUUGGAGCAACCAUUUGCCCAUUUGAUAUACGUCUAGAUCCAGAUAUGCUCUCAACCCUUCUCAAUCAUUCCAAAGCCAAGAUACUCUUUGUUGAUUACCAACUACAGCAAAUUGCUACGGAAGCUGUCAAUCUUCUCAAGAACACACACUCAAAAGCCCCACUCGUUAUUGUAAUAUCUGAACCCAACUACCGCCGUUCCUUCAAACACAUACGUAAACAUGAUUAUGAGAGCUUUCUGGAAGAUGGAGUUGCUGAAUUCUCUAUAGUCCGACCACAUCAUGAAUGUGACCCCAUCAGUUUAAAUUAUACCUAUGGAACCACAUCAAGCCCAGAAGGCGUUAUUUGUAGCCACCGAGGAGCUUAUCUUAAUUCGCUUUCCUCAGUGUUCAUACAUGGUAUGAUAGAUAUGCCUACAUACCUGUGGACGUUGCCUAUGUUUCACUGUAAUGGAUGGAGCUUCACGUGGGGCUUAGCUAUAGUUGGUGGCACUAAUGUUUGCCUACGAUCUAUCACUCCUAAUGAAAUAUUUGAUAAUAUAGUGAUUCAUAAUGUCUCACAUUAUAUGUGCGGAGCUCCAACUAUUACCAGAGCAACCAAAGGGGCUUUUGAGGGAGGAUGGUCUCGAAGUGGAGAUCUUCCCAUUGAACAUCCAAACGGGGGUAUACAAGUAAUGGAUCACCCCAAUAACAUUGCAAUAUCUGGUGGUGAAAAUAUAUCAAUGAUUCAGGUAGAAGCUGUGAUUUAUAGUCAUCCUGCUGUUCUCGAGGUUGAAGUUGUUGCCAAGCCCGAUGAGCACUGGGGCCACACUCCAUUUGCAUUUGUCGAAUUGAAGGAAGGUGUUCAUGUUGACGCUAAAGAAGUUAUUAAUUAUUUCCGCGAUCGUAUACCACAUUAUAUGGCACCAAUGACGGUUAUUUUCGAAGAUUUGCCACGAAAUUUGACUGCUAAGGUUCAAAAGUUUUUGUUGAAGGAGAAGGCGAAAAAUCUCGGUGGCACUUUCUCCUCACCAGAAACUAGACCCUGGUAG